AUGGAGCACCAGCUUCAAUUUCCUCUUCAAGAUGGUAUUCUUGUUCGUCUGGUGCGCAGUCGGGACAGCCAUCAUGAGUAUUUUCCUCUCUCCAAUACUGCAACGGGGUCCCGAUAACAUGAAGUUAAUACGCAAGUUUGUUCGACCCCUCAAACAUCUCUACGGUGUCAAGAUUGCAGUGGAAGGCUCUGAGAACUUGAAUAUGACAGGGCCUUAUGUGAUCGUUUGCAACCAUCAGACCUACCUUGACCUCUUUGGGAUGAUGGAGAUACUCCCGGAUCGUUGCGUGCCAGUUGCCAAAAAAGAGCUGAGGCAGAUGGGCCCGGUGGGCUAUGCCUGCUGGCUAAGCGGCAUGAUUUUCAUCGAUCGCAGGAAGAAGGAGGAGGCCAGAGAGACCUUAAGGCAGGCUGCUCAGACCAUGUUGCAGGAGAAUAUGAGGAUCUGGGUUUACCCAGAAGGUACCAGGAACAAGGGAAAAACCCUGCUGCCCUUCAAACGGGGGGCAUUUCAUGUUGCUGUGCAGGCCCAGGUCCCCAUCAUUCCCGUUGUGAUCUCUUCAUAUCAGGACUUCUACAGCUCCAAGAAGAAGAUGUUCACUGCAGGGAAACUUAAAAUCCGGAUUUUGCCCAAGGUAGAAACAGAAGACCUCGGUCCAGAGGACAUUCCGGCACUUAUUGACAAUAUUCGUGAAAGAAUGCAGGAGACUUAUAAUGAAAUCUGUGAGGAAAUGAGAGGAGGAAAAGAAGCUGGAAAGUGAGUGUCCCCUCCUAUCCCAAUCCAGAGAUGAAGCCUGGUAAAGACAUUGGACAAGGACUUUGGGAAGACUGGGCAGGUCUGUUUUGGCCAAGACAAUUGGGUCCAUCUGGACUUCCGUUCUUCACGAGAUCACCAAUCCAUGGUCUACUCCAUCAUGUUUCUACAAUCCAAGCUUUUUGCUACCACAUAUUUUAUUUAUGCCUCAGAUCCACAAAAGGAAUGAAGACAAAAUGUCUUUGAAUUCUGGAGCAAAGCAAGCUUCAAAUCUGUGUUAAGUGUCCAACCCACUAAAAAUGGCUGUGUAAUCCUAAACAGUAUGAGACCAAGAAAAGAUCUAGUUAGUACUGUAAGGUAGGUUAAUCUAAGAAUGGAUGUGGGAACUUCAUGGUCACACAAGAGUUUGAAAUGUUACCUUUUCUCUAUGUUAGAGGACUGUUGAUGUGUAUGUGGAGUCCCACAGCCCUCUGCUCUGCUGUGGAAAAUCUCUGUGCAAUCCUAAAACUUGCAAGUAAUUAUAUACCAGAUAGAUACAGAUAAUCUUUAAUGGCAUAGUACAAAUAUUUAAAAUAAAAGACAAAAAUUAAAAGACAAAGUACAAAGCAAAAUUAAGAUCGUUUAUGACCGUGAAUA